AUGCCUGCCAUGUACAGCAAGGACGAAAAGGUCUUGUGCUUCCAUCACGACAUUCUCUAUGACGCCAAAAUCCUAGAGGUCCGUCACAAAGAUGCAGCCGAUAAAAAGAGCGUUCUCGAGUACCUGGUUCAUUAUAAAGGGUGGAAAAACACCUCUAUCCCUUCAACAGCCCAUCGUGCCUCUGUUGUUGAAAGCCCACGCACGGGUCUGCGAGACUCUUCGCUUACAUCUCCAUCUAGUUGGGAUGACUGGGUUCUCGAGGAUCGCCUUCGAAAAGCAACUGAGGAGAAUCGCGAGCUGGCGGCCAAUUUGCGCCGUGAAGUAGAAGCCGCUGCUCGCCAAAAGAAUGCAAAGCCUACGUCCAAAAAGCGCGCCAUGUCCGAGCGCAGCUCGGUACGUGAUAGCGAAGAGCGUGGCAACUCCGUACCUGGGCGCGCAAGCAAGCGAGCUCGUGGAGAGACCGAUAUCGAAAAGGAAGAAACAUUCCACGCGCGCCCAUCCAUUCGCAUCGUGAUUCCCGAUAACUUGAAAGCGUUGCUUGUUGAUGACUGGGAACGCGUGACCAAGAAUGGCUCCGUUGUUCUCCUUCCUGCGCCGAAGCCCGUCCGCCAGAUCCUCCAAGAUUGGCGAGAUGAGGAGGCCCCGAAGCGUGUCGAGAGCCGCAUCGACGUUGACGUUCUGGACGAGGUGAUUGUGGGUAUUCUCGAAUAUUUCGAUGUCAUGCUCGACAAGCUUCUGCUCUACCGUUACGAGCGACCCCAAUACCGUCUACUGCGCGAUAAAUUUCUCGGCGACCCAGCAAGACUCCCCAACGAUGUUUAUGGCGCGGAGCAUCUUGUCCGCCUAUUCAGUCUCCUCCCGGAGCUGCUCGCUCAGACAAACAUGGACCUCCAGGCUACGCAGCGCCUGCGCGAGGAGCUGUCAAAGUUCUCGCUGUGGUUGUCAAAGAACUCUGAAAAGUACUUCCGCACUGAGUACAUCUCAGCUGAAGAUGCUGUUGUUGAGAAAUCUGUCAAGGCCGCUCGUUAA